AGAGAGAGGGUGUGUGUGUGUGUAUGAGAGAGGGUGCGCGUGAAUUGUGGGAUGAAAUUAAUUCAGCGAAAUAAAAACGAAAACAGACGAUGUUCAUGAAGUUGACCAAAAUUUGAAGUUUACUCAAAGAAAAUCACAAAUGGGUCCGAAACGAAAAAGAACUGAAUCGUAUGGUAAAUCUGAAUUUCGACUCGAUGAAAACUGUAAGGAAAAGGUCCUGAAGUUGUUUGAGAAAAAUUUUACAUACAGUUUACCACACACUAUUCCAGGACACUUACCAGAGAUUUCUGUAGGAGAGCCAUGGCAGGUGGAAGAACUGGAGAAACUGAAAACGGACUUAAACUGUUUGAAAAACCGUCUGAAUGACAAGGAUAUGAGUGAGUGGCACAGACAUACGAGUGAUACGAACAUCGCAGGGACGGUCAUUUUAGACCUGAGACGCACGCACCGAGUGGAGAUGUGCACUCAAGCUUGGAGCAAGUGUUAUGAAAUCCUGUCAUCAUUUCAUCUUGUGAAGAUUGAUGGUUCAGACUUGAACUCUGUUCAUCUGUGCGAAGCUCCGGGAGCAUUUAUUGCAGCAUUAAAUCAUUUUCUUGUAAUCCAAGCCUUUGACAACAAAUGGCAGUGGCUGGCCACUACUCUGAAUCCCUACUACGAAGGCAACUCUCUAGGACAGAUGAUAAAUGAUGAUCGGUUUAUCCGUUCCACAAUGAAGAACUGGUACUUCGGCCCCGACGACACAGGGGAUCUCAUGAAGUCUGAGAAUCUCGAUGGUUUACAGAAUGCAGCAGAUAAAAUUGGAAAAAUAAAUUUGGUGACCGCAGAUGGCAGUAUUGACUGUCAGUCGACGCCUGCGGAACAAGAACUCGUCGUGUCUCGGCUUCACUGGUUUGAGGUGUUGGCAUGUCUGCGAAUCCUUGCACCGGGGGGAUCUUUUGUUAUCAAGCUGUUCACCAUGUUCGAGGCCUCCACCAUUUGCCUGAUGUAUCUUCUGUACAGCUGCUUUAGAACGGUGUCUGUGUUCAAACCCGCAACAAGCAUCGGAAACUCUGAGGUCUAUGUUAUCUGUGAAGAUUACAAAACCGUGGAUUCGGCUUUCCUGAAGAAUUUGAGUCGAGUCUUGUUAAGUAAGGAAGCCGAUAAUACUUUGUGUAUAUUCAGCCAAACUUCGAUUCCAGAAGAAUUCAUCCGACAGCACGUCAGAUGUUGUUCAUUUUUCUAUGAGUUUCAGUCCGAAACAAUUGAAAGCAAUCUCCAGCUGUUCCAGUUGAUGACGGAGGAAUGCCGACUUCAGCUGGACGCAAUGAGAGAACACUGUGUGGAAGUGUUUGUUAAUAAGUACAACAUCAGGCAGAUUCCAGGCUAUUUCAGGAUUGUUCCAUAUCUAAAUAAGUCAAAUGCUCAAAGAUUUAUUCUAAAGCAGUCCACUGAAGACCAGACACAAUGUAACAGGUUGCCAACUAUGCAGGAAUUGAGGAAGUGGAAAACUGGAUCAUUUCAGGACAGACUGCAGCAAAAGCAGUUACCGUGGGAACAACAGAUUCAGCAAAUGAAGCCUUAUGAUAUCAACAUCGAGGGCUGUUUGUCUCUUGAGUGUCAGCAUGCUUUAAUCUCAGAUGAGAUUAAGACAUGGAGAUGUUUAACAGGUCGACGUGUUCACACGAUACAGAGCUCUCGGUUUUGUGACGGACGCCUUGUGGAACACAUGAAUGAACUACUUCUCAACAGCAAGAUUGAUGAUCACAUGGUCAACAGUAUGGACGAUUAUCAUAAAUCCUUAGUGACUGAACUGGCAACAUGCCUUCGUUUAACGUGCGAUAAAGAAACAACUGUUUAUUGUUGGGACAUUGAAGAAGAUAUCGUGAAACGAUUGCAAGACAUGUUUAACUGUUUACAUACAUUUAAAAAAUUACUCGGUCCUAGUGGUCUUGGCAGCAUUCCUGAUUCUGCACCUGUUUGUGUGGUGUGUGAUUCUGUGUUGUGCAAUUUCCUCCCAGGUACCAGGGAACUUCCGUCACAGCAGAGGUUAUUAAGAAAUGUAUUGGCACUUCUUCAGCAUCUUCCACAUGGCAGUGAUGUUGUGAUGAUCAUCAGCAGUGUGUAUACUCGGUUCACAGCAGGCCUUCUCUAUAUUCUGGCAGCUUCCUUCUCACAGGUUUCCAUUUCCCCGCGUCCAGGAGGACUAUCACUAAGUCAGGUGGUGACUCUAUCAGACUUCGCUGGAAUUCCUACAGAUUUGCUGGGACAUCUUCAGUCGGUGGACAAAAAGAUGGAUGAAGAUGUUCCAACCUGUGAUAGAGCUGUUUUGGAAGUUCUUCCAGUUUCCUGUAUUGUCAGUGAUCACAUAUUCACUGAAUGGUUGCUGUCCAUCAAUCAAAGACUGACUGUCAGUUUGAUCAAUGCUGUUAUUGACCAUGAAAAGACAUUGCUGCAGGCAGAUCAGCAGUGAAACCGUAUGAGAAGUGGAGAAAUGAACACCAGUUGUUACCAAACACUCAGAGAGAGACCUAUUAAAAUGGGAUUUUGGAAUUGCGGUAUAUGAUGUAUUUUGGUGUUUUUAUUGGAUUGGAAUGUGGUUUUUUAAUUACUGACCUCUGAAAAUUGACAGGAUUAUAACACGUUAUUUGCCUGGUGCUCUCUCAAGUUUUGUUUUGCAUAACCCUUAUUUCAUUUGCAUAUUAAAUUUAUAAUUGUAACGGGAUAUAAGAGACAAUUUUUUUAAUUUUGUGUAACUAGAUAUUGGUUCACACACUUUUUACUUUUAACAAUGGUUCGAUGAUGUGCAUUAAAUGUGCAGUGAGCUGCCCUCAUAUUCUGUCCUUCAUUCUAGAUCCUGUCCUAGUUUUUCUCUUGUUUUGUUUGUUACAGGCAUUACAAUGACUUGACAAUAUUGCAGUGUUAGGGACUAUUUACGUUGAGAACUGUCACUACACCAUUCUUGCUUUGAAAGCCAUGUGGUGUCAUCACAUGCAGAUACUACAUUGUUUAACCCAUCUGCUGUCACGAUACAUUGUAAAAAUCUAGGUCAAAUUGAUUCAACAUUCAAUGUCUCUCCAGUUUUGAUGAUGAUAAACUGGAAAUCAGCCUAUUGGUACAUAUCCAUUUUCGAAUUAAAACUAUUUUCACUGAUUAUCUUGGCCGGUGUUUUGCCCCAGAUAAAAAAUUCCUGACUCUCAAAUAGCCUACCCUGGUUAUGAGACCUUGUAUCUAGAAAUUCAGAAAAAAAUUGGUAUCUUUGUUUCAGCAUCUGUAAAUUUUGACCUCCUACUGCUUUUUCAAAACAAAAUUACGUGGAGACUUAAACAUGAUAUGGGCCACAUCACUUGCAGAUAGAAAUGUCCAAUAAUUUGCUGUUAUAUUUCAUCUGAUAUUCUGGGUAAGACUGGUCAUAUUCUUCUGAUGUAGGACUACUUGCAGGAGUUAUUUCAACAAUGCUGCACAGAUUGAUAUCAAAUCCUCUUUAGUAUUCUUCUUCUCCUUUUCUCUCUGCUGAGACAUUUUCAUAAUCCAACCCUGGGGCCACUAAUCACUUUUUAUUUAAUUCACCUGGUUCACCCAUCUGUGUUUCUAAUUGUGACAACCAAAACCCAUAACAAUCCUGAUACAACAAUCAUGGGAAACAAAAUUUUGGUUCCAUGAUUUUUCCGACACUACCGGAAACGAUAGUUACCGUGAAUCCGUGAAAGGCCUGUUCUUUGUCUUUGGUCUGUCGGGUCAUCAUCAUCUUAGUGUGUCCAGUUCAUUAAUUCUUCUUCUUUCUUAUCUUACUCUGGGUUGUCUCUGUCUUUAAUAUUGUAUGGAAAGGGUCUGGGAUCCAAGUUGUUUCCAACCUGUAAACCAUCCCAUCUGGAAGUAUUCCGGACUCCACAUUUUUUACUGCGCCAGUAUAGGCUGUGUUCUACACAGGCGGGCCUUUUCCCUGAUGUACUGGAGCCUGUACCCUCUAUCGUUUGAUCCAGAUGGUUCGGUGUGCCAAUGAAACAAAUCUAUGAUCCCCCUCUAAACCAUUGUAUUUAUGUUCUGUACUCUGGGCAGCUUUCCUCAUCCUGUAGUUCAUGAGUGUUAAUGGUUUUCCAGGUUUUGGUUUUUCAUCUGUUUUCUCUGUAUUGGUUGUCUCUCUCUCUUGGUGUUGUCUGUAGGUCCUGAAAAUCAUUCGGCUUUUCUCUAUUUUUACAAAGUUUUUUGAAAAGUUUAGACUCAAACUGUUUUUUAAUUCUUGACAUAUUUUAACCAGCUGUUCUCUUACUAUCAUCUAUUUAAAAAUUAUUCAAAUAUAUGCCAUUAAUUUCCAAGAUUUUAGUGUAUAUAAUUUUACCCUUUCUACCCUCUUGAAGAAACCCUGUCUAAGAUAUAAAACCUUUUAUAAUGGAAUCAAUAGUUACUGAGUAAGCAACCCAACAAUUAAGUCAACCAGUAACCCAUAGUUUUGCAGUAUGUAUUUAUUCCCAGAAGAGUUAUCUAUACGACGGUAACUACAAGUACCCAGCUAUUGCCAGAAACCUGUUUGGGUCAUCCAACUCCUAGUAGACUGGUUACACGAACAACAGGUGAAAUGGUGCUGAAUAGUGGAGUCUUUGUGAUAAAACCCUACUUCAUAUCUAUUUUAUUACCAUUAAUGGCUUACAGUGGGAAAAGACACUCUGUUUUUGUUAUAUGAAUGUUCACUUGUAUCUCACAAACUUCAACUGCUGGCACAUUAAUACUUCUUUUUUGACUGAGGAAUAUAGCUAUGACCAUCUUCACAAAUGACAUGGACUUUUCUAUUUCUAUUUUCUGUUCCUAUUUUUAUUCUAAAUAAAACAUUUGCCAAGACGGCCAAUAAAAGAAUAGCCCCAUUCAAGUGCUAAGACAACCAUUGUUUACCUGAUACCAAAUUAACAAAUUAAACAUACUGUAAAUCAGAAAAUAUUAGCGACCUUAAAAUUUAGCGAAAUCCAUAUCAGUGACAUAUUAGCGACAUAAACAUUUAGCGAGGUCAGCAUGUCAAAAAAACCCACCAAAACCGUAAGCCAGUUUUUGACUGACUGGUCACAAGAAAACUCAACACUUUUUGAUGUUAUGCAGUGCACACUAUUUCCGGUUUGAAAUUUAGCCUCAAACAUCCAAGUGACGCUGCUUGUCUCCAACUUAAUUUUAAUAAAAACAUUACAGUGUUAUACAUCUAAACUAAUUAGUAUUUUUUGUUUGAUUUAUUGCGUAAUCUAUAGCCUGUUGUUUGACCAGUUAAUCGCUGACGAAACAACCACACAUAAUCAGUCCAAUAAAAACGUGUUUUUGGAGUAGUCUAUUGUGCGUACAGGGGUCGUAAGCUGUUUCUCCAAUGAGACCUACUAGUAUUCUUUGCUCUGGUAGUUCUCACUUUGUCAAAUAAAGAAAACAAUGUUUUAGCGUUAAUGACCGUUAUACCGUUGUUACCAAGCCCGUAACAAUUCGUUUUCAUGGAUUUGUUUUCUGUGACAGAACUAAUUUAUUUUUAAACACAAUUAUGUGUCUUUAUUGCUAAAAGUUACAAACAUUGAAACUAUAAGACUGUAUUCAUAAUACUGACAUUUUGUUUUGCUUUGCUGCGACACUGCACCAAAGUGAUAAUAGUUUUAAUUAUUGUGCCACGAACGGUAGUGUACAUAGGAUAUGUGUCUUUUUAUUUGCCUUGGUUCUGAAAUCCAAUUUAAUUGUUCAGUUGAUUAAUUCAAAUCAUUAUUAAAUAUGUAUACGUUUUAAGACUUGUUUGAGUUUUGUUUUAAUCUGACUUUAGUUUAUAUUUAGCGUCAUGAAAUGUUAGCGUUUUUUUAUGGCUUUGCUAAAUUCGCGAAUAUUUUAUGCUUGCCAACAUUUUCUGAUUUACAGUAUAUUAAAUUCUCUCUCCUUUGUUAUUGAAAAACAGUUUUUUAGCUGCGUACUCAGAUAAAUUAAAUGGAGAAUGUCAACAAAUACGGUUAAUGUGACAGUGUCAUUCAUUGGCCAAUUCGCUUCAAUAGUUAAAGUAAUGAUCAACGAAUCGUUUUGUUAUACAGAUUUCUAUUUCAUUGCUAUUUUUGUGUGGAAAAUCAAGUCAAUACUCCUUCACUAAAUUUAACUAAUUGGCCUUGACAUUGUUUUGUAUGUUACCAAUAAGUAGACAGUGUAUUGCAACUUGUUACAAGCUUACAGACAUCAGGCUUUAGAACUUUACUCAUCACAUUCUUUGUCAUCACUUCCCAAUCAGUUGCCAUAAAUGGUAUCAUUGGUUUAUCAGUUUGGUAUUUCAGAAGAUACCAAUUCGCCAUGUUGGCCACAAACACAAAAAAGUGAAGUUCUGCAGGAAGGAGAACAUCACUGCAGCCAUUUUUCACCACAGUAAAUGUAAAGCAUUUUUCUGAUUCAACCUUUACAACAAAUUCCUUUAUAUGUGGCAAAAUUUCCAAUACUACUGGUAUAUUUUCCACCCAUCUAUGGCCACAGAAUUUCAACUCGUAGCUACAAAGUCAUCUCGACGUGCAGGGGAAUUUUUCAUUAGUCUGCGAAAAGUCCAUUUGUUUUGUUUGUGUAGCUUUAUUGUGGCUUUCAUAAAACAACAAAACAUACCCAUCAGCAUUUGUCACUUGAUCGCAGAGCAAAGACCUAAAAUGUGAUGCCAAUCCAAAGCAAUAUAGGCAGUGUGCAUACAUUGAAAAGUAGUUUAUAAUGGCUUACUUCAAAGGAGUAAUCUGGUGGAGUAUGGCAGUGAUUUACUCCAGUGUGUACAAUGACAUUUUGUACAUUUGGUUUUUAUGAUAAGUUUUUCACCUGUUCAGUUUGUUUGUUUACCCCAUGGCCUAGGUAAAAUAGCACCUUUGAUGUACGCUUCGGAACAUGCUGACCGAUGAAGCGGAGAACAGAAUCACCUAGGAAGAGUGACAUCACUUCAUCACUGAUAUAAGCUGGACGUACUGUAGCUACUGAUGGUCUAGAGCUGUCAUGAUAUUUGUUUGUUUAGACAUGAUUCGAGUUGGUUUGGGUUUUGUUUUACCUGGAUGAAUCCAUCAUUAGAUGUGUUAGACUAGUCCUCUGAGCUAACUGUGUCAUGUUGUGAUUCACUAGUACACACUAAUGGCAAGUUUAUUGUAUGAGGCAAGGACCGUUGUCUAUGGUAUGAAUAAUUUCCGUUUCUUGUAUUUUUUUAGUAGAUGUUUUCUGUAUAUCCUGAAGGGCUUUGAGCUUGGAGGAUAACAUUUUAUACUUCUUCUCUAGCUGCUCCAAUCUGUAGUUGAGUGUGUCAUUUUCCUUUCUCAUUUGAAGGCUGUUGUAAUGUUUCAACAAAUCCCUUGUAGGAUUCAUGCACUUCUUUGAGUUGGUUAGCACACUGCACACUAAUAUCACUAAUCAGCUUUUCUGUAUAUUUCAUCUGAUCUGUCAACUUGUGACCAAAGUCUAAUGCUGAACCUGUGUCCUGAAUACUUUUUCGUAUGGAGCGUUUUGAGUGGUUAGAUUUGGCUGGUGAUUUUUUGGUUUUGAAAAGUUUCUUGACUUUAGUACAGUUGUGAUCGUUGUUAAUUUGGUAUUCCGUAUCAGAAUCGCAAUCAGACCUAGCAAGUUCCAACAACUGGAGCAGUCUCAAUAUCAGUGGAUUAGAUUUUGUUGGUAUUUUCCAUUGUCAAUUCUGUAUUAUGAUGAAAGGGUCUCAAGUAUUCUCAUCUUCAGUAAUAGCAUUCAGAACAUUGCUGUCUUCCAGUUCAUCAGUUGGUAGAGAUUUGUGUUGCUGCAAUUUCUGAAAUAAUUGGUAUUCCAUUAUUGUACCACAGUUGGGCCUGCCCCUGGAACAUUAAAUGACAAGUAGUUCUGUAGACAUGAAGUGUUCCCAAUUUUAAGGGUUUUACAUCUUUGUCUACAAGUAGUAUACAUAUUUUAUCUUCUGUGAUUAUCUUCUUUGUGUCAUCAGUGACCUCUGUCCAUUUAACUCUUAGGCAUUGGUCAUUUUCACUUUUCAUUCCAGUACCUAUAAAAAAUGUAAACCGUUAAUGCACGUCUUCAAGUUUGGCACACAGGAUUAGGCCUGCAAAAUCUGUAAAAAAAAAAAAAAAAAAAAAAAAAAAAAAAAAAAAAAAAUGCAUAUUGUAAAACAUUUCAUUUUUAUUUAGGCACGCGUGAUCACAUAUUCUGGGAAAUUUUUUUGGGUGUUUCUUCAUUUUGUCUGUAACUCAAUUAGGUACAAAAAAUUGGAUCCUGAUUAGAGAAUUGAUGAAAGAGGUUUCUCGUCAGCUAUUAGGUUUUGGAAUCGAUCCGUCUGGCAGAAUUUUCACCACAAUGAUAAUGGUCCAGUGGAAGCAUAUCACGUCAAAGAUGGUGACACUCGGCAUGGAUCACCUGAUCGAUCACCCUCGGUGGGCUAGGGCUGUGGUCGCAGUAUUCCAUGUCGAAUCAACUCUUACUACACGUCAUCAAAAGGGAAUACAUGUACCGGUAUGUCCUUAGUAGAUGAUGAAGACUGUUUGACUGUUACCUUAUAUCAUUGUACAGCAUGGUUUUGUGCAUAAAUAAUGACUAUUUAUCCUCAGAUCAGUACGAUAUCCAGUGUGAAACUGAAAGUUUGCAUGCAUACUGCCAUGAUUGGCAUCCCUCUAUUUAAAGCCACCUGUGAUUGCAAAAACAUGGCCCACUGCAAGUUUUUUUAAAUUUUUUUAUAUCUCAGUGACUUUGUCAUGCAAUGUUGAAUAUUCCUUGAAAUGUUUAGUUAGAAGGUUUUUCAUUUAAAACAAAUCCAAAGUCUUCAAUAAUAAGAAUUAGAGUCAGUUUGUAUUAAAGUUAAAAAAUGAGUAUUAUGAUAUUGAUACAAUAAUUAUUUGCCAAAACCACAACCACAUCUAUUGAAAGUUAGAGAGGAAGUGACAUAUUCCUAAACGAAUGCAUUGAUAUAUAAGCUGUACCAUAUAUAAUUAAUUAUCAAAUGCAAUGCAAUGAAUCUGAUGUUGGAAUAAAAUACAUCUCAUAAUCAUUUAAUACAGUUGGUGGGUACUGCUGAUUAUUAUUAUUAAAAAGGAAUUUUUAUGUACAUAUUUUUUACUUCUCAACAUAAAAUAAAAGCAUAACACAAAAACAUUACUUUCUUAGUUCUCCUUCUGCAACUAAAAAGAUGGUUUUAAUGGAAAGCACACGACAAGAGCCACAACAAUGCAUUGUAGUACUCUCAGUUAACACAAAGCUGUCGCAUGGCGAGCCUUAUAAACCUUGAGGAUUAAUGACACUAUACCUAGGGCAGGAUCUGGCUCAGUUGGUAGAGCAUUGCCUGCCCAUUUAGCCAUACCCGCCUUCAUGACCACUUUCUUCUACCACAUUCUGUUCCACACUUAGCUGGACUUGAGGUCAUAUGCAGACAUUGUCCUUGUAUGGGUCCUGAAUUGACUUGUAGAGGUAAUGUUGUCUCUGCAGUGGCAGUCCAGAAGGUUGGAUCUCAGUGGUAGGUUGUGACAUCCUAAUUUCAAAGUGCUGUGAAAACAAUUCCCCAGGCCCACACAUGGGUAUUUUAUUUCUGGAACACUAUGGUGUAUUCUUAUUACUUUACUUUUUUCUCCAAAUAUGUCCAUUUAGAAGUUAUACAACCAGACUAAUUAUAACUUGAAAAAGUUACAUGUUUUGUAAUAUUUCAAUAUGAAAUUGGCGCUUGGAAAUCAUGUAAUAUCUGGAAUGAAAGCCUUCAAAUAUUUUUUAAAUAAUAGUUGUUUAGUUUCUAAUAUAAAAGCAUUAAUAGGAUCAUUAUUACUUGUCAUAAAGCCAAAAAAUUAUAUUUUCUUUGGUAAAGCUUUAGCUGUUUCCAGAUUUGUGUGACCUUGCAUUCCCAAAAUAAGUGUAUCAUUGUUAAUAUUUCAUGACUGGAAAACAAUGCAAAGGGGUGAAUCAAUAUAUUCAAUAAUAAAUAUUACAUAAAAACAUUUUGCCAAUAUUCUGUGAAUAAUGUUAUACUGAAACCAUCUUAGUUACAUAAUCAUUAAGGUAUUUACCCAGAUUUCCAAAACUUUACUUAUUUACAACAGUAUGGCUGCCUGUCACAUGGUCAGUUUGUUUGCAAUACUCCCUAUUAGUGUUUCUUGCCUCAUCAUAGUGUGCCCAGAAUACACAUUAGCCAACCUUUACUGGAGUCCACAACAUGCACUGAUCUUCAGUUAUUACUGUACAUCAGACCGUUAGUCUGCCUUAGUGUGUGGAUUUCAGUGAAAGGCUCCUGCAUAUGUGGUGACAUUGAGGGCAAGGGUGUUGUUGUUACUCACUAUUAGAACUGGCAGUCUGGACAAGCAGACAUUGCCGCUAGUACAAGACGACUUACGGUUGUUGUUUCGUCCUUACAAACCAUCUGCAUAUCAUUGAAAGUUUAGAACUGUACGACCAUGUCGAGUAGUGUAAAUGACCCCAAAUUGUUUUGAAUGUUUUAUGCUGAAGUGUUGUUAUACAUUCAUUCAUUCAUUUACAUAGACUAGGAACAAGCAGACAUUGCCACUAGUACAAGACAACUUCCGGUUGUUGUUUCGUCCUUACAAACCAUCUGCAUAUCAUUGAAAGUUUAGAACUGAACGAACAUGUCAAGUGGUGUAAAUGACCUCAAAUUCUGUUGUAGGUGUGUAACAAAAAAAUUUACUUGUAGAGAUACAUGUAUUGUUGUCUCUGCAGUGGCAGACCGGAAAGUUGGAUCUUGGUUCCUUCCCUGUCUGGGAAAAUCAUUCCCAGUAGCAGAACUUUGGAGUGACUCUUGUGAUGUUGUUAAACAAAGCAAACUUUUUACCUGUGAUAUUUGUAUUUUUUGUACAGCUCUUUACACUGUGUUUUAAUUUAACCUUUUUAAAUUAUGAGCCAGGAGCCUA